AUGAAUUAUCGUGACCCAAAUGAAAUGUCAUAUAUGUGGUCAUGGAUUAAAGGAAAUCGUAAAUGGCAUGCAUGGAAUAAAUGCAAAGGCUUGUCAAAAGAUGAUGCAAUGAAUCUGUAUGUGGAAAGAACAAAUGAAUUGGAAAAGGAAUUGGAUAGACUUGUAGACGAUUGGAAGGAUGAAUUGGACCCGCGAGUUCCCGAUAAGAAUGCUUGGGUACCGGAAGAAGAAAUGGAGAAAUUUCAAAAAUUCAUGGAACAAGCAAAACGUGAGCGAAGAGAACGAGAUGUAUUGAAACGACAGAAAGAAAUUGAAGAUGGAAUGUGGGAUGAAUGA